CUACACUGUUUGUCAAGAUGGUCACUUUCUUUGCGAGACCGUUAUCCUUCUCAGCCGCUUCAUGCAGACAGAGGAUAGCUUCCAUCACCGCUUUGCCUUCAACUUCCAGAGGAGAACAAGCAGCCACCCCUUUUGCAAACCCUGUAAUUAUCAAACCCCUAUGAUCUCUACAAACUCCACUCACCGAUCCCUCUGUUCUGCCUUCAAUCCACGAACCAUCAACGUUGAAUUUCCACUGCCCUGUUUCUGGUUGUGUCCAGCGUUCUGUCGAUGCCUUCUCUGGCCAGGUGUUGCGUUCGGGAGAGUUUUGCAUGCUGUAUAUUCUGCUCAGAUUGAUUGCAUCGUCAACAAUUGGUCCCGAUUUUGGGCUAAUCCGUCGGAACACCUGAGCGUUUCUAGCAUUCCAGAUCUGCCAUAGAAUUCCUGCCAGCAGUUCUCGGCGGGACGGAUUGCCACCAACCAGAUUUGCUUUGUCCAGUCGCAUAGGAUGAAGGUGUGCUCCAACGAUUCUGGAACUUGCCAGCAAAUUGGGCAAAGCGGUUUGCAAGCAAAAGCUGCCGAAUUUUAUUUCGGGCUGCACCAUGUUUCCUUCACCAACUCCUUACACUCAGCAUCAGCAAGCCAAAACGCCUCGAACUUGAAUUCCUUCUUCCUUUUGGCCCGCCCUGGGAAGAGGGACAGGAGAAUUGGGCUAUGGUCGGAGCCUAUUGCAGGGAUGUCCCUUGUUAGCUGGACAAUAUCAUCUUCUAGCCACAUGUUCCCCAAUUCUCUGCACAGGACAGCCAACCGGGCAUCAUUGUUUUCCUCACUUUCCAUCGAAGGUGCUAACUGGAAUAGGCCAAGUAUUCUGUUCUGA